AUGGACAGCUCUCAGACCCUGAUCAAGGCUGUCCUUCCAGUGUUUGCUGUGUUUGCUGCGCCCACCGUCUACGGCACUCGCCGCAUGGCCUGCUUUGUUGCAGAGGGCAAGAGCGCACGAGCUGAGCGCCGGCUCGCUCGACAUGUCACCAGCGCUCGGUCGCUACAGGCACGCGCGGCCCCAGGCACUGCGCCGGCCUCCGCAGCCGGCGGCAGCAGCAGCAGCAGCAGCAGCAGCGGCGGCGGCGGCGGCGGCGGCAGCCGGGAGCCCGCGGCAGCGGCAGCGUAUGAGUGGUCAUGGGACACCCGCAGCGGCGAGGAGGCUCCGCAGGAGUCCUCGUUUGAUGGCGCGCACCCCAUUCCAGACACGGUCGGCCCUGAGGAGCUAGGUGCUCUGCUGCAAGCGGCCGCGGACAGCGCCGCGCCCCCCUCGGCGUCCUGGAUGCGCCGCCUGUGCGCCGCCGCCGACGCCGCCGACGGCGGCCGCGGCCUUGCGUCGCUGCCCGCGCCGGACGCCUGCCAGCUGCUCGCGCGGCUGUCCGCCGCCGGCGUCUGCCCGCCCGGCGCGUGGGUGGCGCGGCUGCUGCGGCCCGUGGCCGACGCGGCCGCGGCCGGGGCGCUGCCGUCCCCCCUCUUGACCGACGUGAUUUGGAGCCUGAGCAAUCUGCUCCUUCCCGUCCCCGGCCCAGACGGCCCCUCUCUCGCCGAUUCCGGGGAGGCAGACCGCACUGCAGCUACCAGGCAGCUGCUCGCCGCCGCCUCCGCGCGCCUGCCGGACUUCUUCGGGCCCGACUUGGCGAGGCUUACCUGCGCCGCCGGCGCGCUCGCGUCCCCCGGGGCGCCGGGCGCCGGCGGCGGCGGCGGCGGCGCGGCCGACGCCACCAUGCACGACCUCGCGCGCGCCCCCGACUCGCGGCCCGCCCUGGGGAUUGACGCCAAGUGGGUGGCCGCGGUGCUGGAGGAGUGCGAGUACCAGCUGGUGGAGUUUUCUGCAGAUUUCGAGGCGUUCGACUUGGCGCGGCUCGCGCUGGGCAUCGCCUUGCUCAUCUCGCCGCCGGAGGGCGGCGACAGCAGCAGCGGCAGCAGCAGCAGCAGCAGCAGCAGCAGCGGUGGUGUCGGCGGCGCCGCGUGGCCGGACGCGAGCCAGCGGCUGCGGGACGCGCUGCUCAAGGCGGUGUACGCGCGCACGCGCACGAUCGAGGAGAAGGGGGCGGUGGACUACGCGCUCGCGCGGCUGGACGCGGGCGGCAAGCGUUCGAUGCACUUUGACCCGCGGUGGACGCACGAGGAGCUGAAUUGGCUGCCCAGGCGGGAGCGCGACAAGCGGCGAAUUCUGAAAGACGGCUGGUACCGCACCCAGUGGAGCGGCUGGCGGCCGUGA